AUGGCUCAGGGCAAUCUCAAGUUGAAAUCAAAGGGAACGCUGAGGGUGACCAAGAAGCAGCAGAAUCCGAAAAGGGCAGCUCCAAAGAUCAUCAAGCCCAAGAAACAAGUUGCUAAAGAAGCCCAGAAAUUGACCAAGGUCCAUCAAGGCCAGUUGAUGAAAAGUACCGAGAAGUUGAUUGCUGGACGAGUCGGCCAUUUGGAACUCAUCAAGGGUUCGAGAAGACAAGUGGAAAAGGAAAACAAGGCGGCGGACAAGAACAAAGGCAAGAAAUGA